CGCAGCUAAUGAAUUAUUAGGAUCAUAAUCAAGUCUGAUGCCAGUUUCACUACAAGAAAAUCGUCGACUUUGGGUGCUGAGGCGAAGCUAGGGGAGACUACAGAGGAGCCGCCCGCUGACGGACCGCCGCGCGGCGCCAGAGACCGUACCGGCUCUGUCGGAGGGCGUACGGCGCCGGCCGCCGCCGUUUUCAGGUCGGUACCCGGCGCCGGCAGUUGGUGCUCGUGUCCGGCGGCGAGUGGUGGGCGCGGGCGACGCACGUGGGGACGCUCAGGUGUGGACGGUGCCGCGGCGGCGGCUGGGAGGGGAGCACGGACGGUGGUGACUGACAGCUGUGCUAGUGGUAACAGUGGUGUGUUUGAGCGUCGUGAGCGUCGUGUGUGAGGCAAGGAACCGUCGCUCGGUUUUGUGAGACAGCGGCGGUGACUGCGUCUGGGCACAGGUGACUAACACCGCUUGGUCCUUCCGGUGUCUGGUGUGCUGGAGAUCGGAUAUCUCGGACUGCACCGGUGACCUGACCUCGGCUGAGAGCACCGUUGGUCUUCCAUGGGUAAUGCGUUCUGUGCAUCACGGACAGUGCAGCUAGCGGUGUGAGCGGCGGCGCGAUGGCCGGCUGAGGCCGUCAUCAUGUCAGUCAUCUGCAGCACGUUCGUACAGAACUCGUGGCGCAAGGAUCUCUGCUCCAACUGUUUCCGUUCGGAAGAGGAGCACUCGCCGGGCGCGCCGCUGGUGCCUCGGCCCGACCCUCUGCGCAGCCUCGACGAGCUGACGCACCGCUACAGCCCUGCGGGGCGCGCCGGCUCGCCCGCGCUCAGCGACCUGCUGACCCGUACGGCGCCGGCCGGCGGCAGUCUCAAGUCGACGGCGCUGCUGCGCGGCCUGCAGUCGCGCCAGGACGAGGCGGCCAUGGUGCGUCUGGACGCGGCCGGCCGAGGCGGCUCGGUGGACACGGCCAGCCGCCUGGCCAGCAGCCGGCUGGUCGCCCUGGCCAGGGACACCCCAGACCGGGCCGACUCAGCGGUACACUCGGCCGUCAACAGGGCGCUGGUCGACUCAGCACCCAGCCCGGCCGGCAAGGGCAUCCUGGUGCUGGAGGGCCGCGGCGGCGGCCGCCAGCGGCGCUCCGUCGCCUUCGCCGAGCGGCACGAGGUGAUCGGCGUGGGCGGCGUCCCGGCUGAGUCUGACGAUGAGCCGGACGAACCUGACGAGCCCGGGGAGCCAGAAGCCCCCGGCCUCCUUAGUCCGGAGGAGCGCCAGCUGCUGAGCCUGACGCAGCGUAACACCGACUUCAACUCCAUCAACAGCAACCUGUCCGGCACCUCGCGCACCAUGGUGGACUGGCUGGACGACAGCGACCGGACAACCGAGCGGAGCGCGCUCACCGGCCGCCACAAGAAGUUCACGCCGCUCGUGAGUAUCGCACCGUUCUCGUCGGGACCGCGGUCCAGCGGCGGCGUGAAGGUGAACCUGGUGGCGCCCAUGAAGAACGGGGAGAUCAUUACGGAGAGCCGCAACAAGUUCGAGAUGGUCGAAAAGCGAUCCGCCGCCGAUCCGAUGACGAAGAAGAUAGCAGAGAAGAUAACUCGUCUCGACGAUCUGAUCGAUGAGAAGCCCAAGAAGUUGGAGGAAAGGACAACUACCAGCGUUGAGAUCACUAGCACCGACUCCGAGCGCAGUCAAAGCCUCGCUAGGGAGUCUGUGUCAAUCACUGAGUUCACAGACACUCUGAGUACCACCAGUCCCCCUCCGCCGCUGGUGGAGACACGCCUCAGUUUCUCCAUCGGGAGCAGACGAGAGAGCGCUCCGGCGGUGCCCGAGGCACCGUCUCGGCGAGCUGACCGAUCCUUGGAGGACACGCUGCGAAAGGAUGCAGAGCAAGUGUCACGACGCAAUAGUGAUGUUAUACAGAAAGCCGCCAACGUCCGUUCGCCACCAAGUGAUACGAAGGAAGACGAUCCACUGCCCAACAGGAGCUCUUCUGUCACAACAAAUGGCAUUUCUCCCAAGAGUGCUGCAACUCUUAGCACGUCCAGCGAGGCUCCAUCGCCGUUGAGACGCUCGCGUGAUGUUGAAAGUGAAGAACCAAAUGAAGCAUCGGACAAAGGUCGUUCUAUUCAAAUGAACGGCGUGCUCAGUAAGAGCAAAAGGGACGAUUCGUUGAAACGGACGGACGAUGAGCCGUCGGGUACAGUUGGGUCUCUGACGGCAGAGGUGCUCGAAGCUGUGGACAAGGCCUUCUCGCGAAACAACAGAGGCAGCGUAGUGACCCUAAGGCCAGGAAACGAAUCCUCGCUGACAUCAAUCACGUCAGACACGUCCGAUGAAAUGCAGAAUGGUGUGAUAGAGAGUGACAAUGCGACUGACAUCUCACAGUUCAACAACUCGAAGGAUGACGUACAAACGGGUAAAGUGAGUGACGAAUUAUCAAACGGUACCAGUUUGUUCCCUGAAAAACCAAACGGAUAUUCAGUCAAAGAAGUGACGAAGAACGCCCAGGAGAAAAGGCAGUCCACUCACAGUUCGGCACUUCAAAAGCUGAUUGAUGCCGAUGUUGAUAACCAGAACGGCUACAACACGAAGGUGUCUGCGCUGCCCUUGCGCUCAGAAAGCCAUAAUGGGAAUUCCACCGAGUCACAAAACAAGUUUAUCUCUCUUAAAUCGAGAUUUUCUGAGAAGUCACAGGACGAUACAGCACAUACCAACGCAUAUCAGCAUCAACCGAGCAAGCUUGACGCUCCACUUCCACCUUCCAAUGACAAUAUUGUCAUGUUUUCGCAAAAUACUACCAAGGAAGGUGACAUUAACCCACGAGAUUCAUUGAUUACAAGGGCCACUUCAUCCAAACCGUCGCCAAGGGCUUCAUUUUUGCACUCAUUAACGAACUCAAAGCCAGAGGAUGAAGACAGCACUUUGAGCGAUAUUCUCGGGUCGAGCAUUGUUUCUGCCACCGAUUUAAAGCCAGCAAUGAAUGGGGAAGUCAAGACCAUCGACAAUGAAAAGGAACCGGUCGAAACCGAAGAUGCUAAAACGACACCUCCUGUCCAACGGACAGCAGCUCCGAAAGCAAAGGAAGCCAUCAUCCGAUCUAGCUCAAAGCCUUCGGGCGGCGCUUCGACCAAACCUCCCAUUCUCCGUGAAAAGCCCAAGAUCGCAGCGAAACCAGCCAAGCUACAUCGGCUGAGCAGGGCGACUAGCGUCGAAAGCGACCACAGUCCUCGUUCCUCCCCCGAAGUUCGGCGCGAUAGUGUCGACCGCGAGGUCAGGCAAAGUGUGGAGCCAAAGCCAGUGAAAGUCUUGAAGCCAGAGCCUGAACAAGUCACCCAGGCUUCAGACGAAAAGAGCGACACCAAGGAGGAUGAAGCGCAGUCCGGUCCCGUGUGCGUGGCUGUGAAAAGUCCCGUUCUAGAUGCGUCUACUCGCUUGACGAAGCUGGUCGAGAGCGCUAAGCCGAUACCGGAUGAGGCUAAAGAGCAGAGCCAUCUAACCAUCAAUGUCUCUCCUCCGCGACCUCCCCUGCGACGGGAGAGCCUCACGCGAAAGGAGCGCACCAUACAGCGGGAGAAGGAACUGGAGAAGCAGCGUGAAGAGCUGGAGAAACGUCAGCGCGAGGAGCAUGAGGAGCCCGUCGAACCGCGACCGGUGGAGGCGCGGAAAGAGCACAGACAGGCUCCGCAGCCGCCUGGACACCAGGAGGUGAAAAGGACUGUUAGCGUUGACAGCGACGCUGUUCGUGAGCACAGGCCGGCGCCCCAGCCCCCGGUGCACCAGGACCUGAAAAGAACUGUCAGCAAUGAUAGCGAGGCGGGCCGGGAGAAGCGGCCGGCCCCCGAGCCACCCGUUGAUAUGGCUUUGAAGAGAACAGUUAGUAAUGAUUCUGAAUCGGGUCGAGGACCGGCGCCUCAACCGCCUGCUCAUCUGAACGUGAAAAGAACAAUCAGCAGUGAUGGCGCUCGGGAGCACAGGCGGGCUCCGAAGCCUCCCGGUGACAGAGAGUCAAAGCGACCUGUCAGCAAGGACUACGAGGCAAAUCGGACGGCGAUUGCCAAUCUGUUGUCUUUCGGUCAUCAUGGUGGUGCUUGCAAGCGGCCAGCGCCGAAGGCCCCAGAGAACGCAUCCAGCACUGAGGAGCCUGCAGAGGACUGUUCACAGGCCGAAGCCAAGGACGGUGCAGAGGAGGGUCCCGUUGUCGAAGUCCAGUCUCGAAAGAGUUCACGGGUGUGGUCCGACUCGCCCUUGGACGAAGACGCCUCGACUGCUGACAGUGCGAGCUCCGCUACGGAUGCCACUGAAGGAAGCGGAAGUUGGGACCAACCUAAGCGUGAUGCUGACUCGGAACAAGAAUCAGGUCGGCGAGGCAGUGACGCAGUCACAAGAACCAAUCAGCCUAGUCAUGACGAAGAUCAGGGUUCUGACAAGAACCAGCAUUCACUACAAUCGGAGACCUGCUCUGAUGACACUCAGCCCACCUCACUCCAAAAGAUCGAAGAGGAUGUUGAGCAUGACCGGGAGCACAGCUCUCACACCUCCACUGUAAAGUCUGAAGCUCCUUCGCCCGUUCAGGCUGAUUCUGAAGACGUCGCUUCAUCCAAAGCCACAGAACAAGCUGAGGACGAGGAGGAGCAGAAAUCGCCAACGCCUGUCCAAAAAUCAGACGAGGUUGAGCCUGAACACAUCCCACCCAUAACUCUGAAGGUCGAAAGUGCACUUCCUGCUCCUGUUCCUAGGGACCAGGCCAGUGACAAGUUAGGCGAGACGACCUUUCAGACCUCUGAUUCUCCCUCCAGUGCCCCGCCUCGAGCCGAGACUGCCGCAAAGCUCCGCAUUCACGACGAUGGCAACCCGUACGCAUCGACAGCCAUUUUCGACCGCCGCUCGUCUUUCAAACCCGACCUCGACGAUGACGACGAUCUGCCUCCGUCGGCAUCGAUGCGCUCGUCGUCGGUGAGCCCUCGUUCGCGGAAGCGCUCCUCGAACGUUGUCAGUUUCGACCCGGGCGCCGAGUACUACUCGCGGGAGACGGUGCUGAUCAAGCCGCGCUCGCAGUCGAUGCCGCGGCACGUGGAGGGUCUGAUGACGGACGAGGAGGUUAAGCAGAAGAUAUACGGCGUCAGUCCGGCGGGCGUGUUCGGAGCCAGCAGCGGCGGCGAGCGCAAGUCCCGCCGGGACGAGCCCAAACGCCGCGGCAAGUUCUCGCUGAAGAAGUUCCUCAAGUUUGGCAGCAGCAAGGACGACAAGAAGAACGGCAAGGAGGAGAAGAAGAAGGAGAAGGAGCGCGUGGGCUCGGUGUCUGAGCGCGCCAAGCCGGAGAUCAUCCACCCGCUGGACCUAACACCCACCGUCGGGGGUGUGCAGGUGAUAGUGAGGAGCGAGGAGGAGAAACGCCGAGACGAGGAGGAGCGGCAGCGCAAGAAGGCGCUGCUGAUCGCCGAGGGCACCCGCGUCUACGACUCGCCGUCCUUCAGCAAGGGUCCUCUGACGUCGAGUGCCCGGCCGGCCGAGCGGCCCUCACCCACCUCUCCAACCCUCCCGGUGACCCCGGGCGUGCCGGCGGGCACUCCCGCCGGCACUCCCGGCACUCCGUCGGGCCAGCGCAGCACUCCUUGGCAGCACGGCUCGCUCGGGUUCAACUCAGAGGGUCGUCCGAAGCCGCCGCCGCCGCCGCGCCGCACCUCCUCCAUCGACCAGUCGGAGGUGUCGGCGGCGACGGUGCUGCUGUCGCCGCCGACGCGGCCCCCGCCGCCCCUGCAGGCCGCCGCCGACCGGGUGACGGCGCCGCGCGAGACUGAGUACGCCAACCUCGGGACGAACCGGGCUGGUCUGACGCCUCGAAAGCCGGACCGGGGCGGCUCCGUGCGGAGCGAGACGCCCCGGCUGAGGGUGGCCUUUGAGACGGACGAGACGACAGAGACGGCCCCCGAGUCUCCUCAGGUGUCGUCUGCCUCUCCGACGGUGGCGGACUCUCCCACCAAUGGCCUGCCGUCGAACCAGGCGCCGCUGCCACCCACCCCUCCCACAUCAUCGUCACCAUCAGCAUCAGCAGCAGGCGCGGACGCCGAGCUGCCGCGUCAGCGGCCGUCGCGCGUCAGCCUCCGCAAACAGACGUCGGUUGUACAUGCGAACCUGGAGGAAAACUACGACGCCGUCACCGCCAGUAACCACGAGGCGCUGCUGCAGCUGCUAGAUCAGGUGUCGGGCCGGCGGCCGGUGCCGGCCGCACUGCGGCCGCUCGAGCACAAUCCGGCGCUGGCGUUCACCCACUUCAAGGUGUCUCCGGAGACGCACGUGACGUGCGGCCGGCGAGCGUUCCUGCGCGCCACGCACCGCGAUCAGCCGGUACUGCUGAUGCUGAGCAGUGAGCCGGCGGCCACCCCGGCCGCCUCUCUGCCGCCGGUGGCCAUGUUCCGUGACCUGGUGCAGGGCCACCUGCUGCCGCGGGCCAGCACCGGAUCCUACACCUCCGCCAUGCAGGCGACGGUGUGGGUGCUGCCGCCGGUGACGGUGCGCCCGCUCUGGGAGGUGGUCUGCGCGCAGCCGGAGGUGGUCGGGCCGCAGCAGGAGCAGCAGGUGUGUCUGCUGCUGCUGCAGACGGUCCACCACCUGCUGCAGCUGCAGGCGCGCGGACAGACGUUCGUCGACCGCUCCCUCUGCGAGCUGGUGGCCGCCGACGCCGAGGGCGACCCGCAGAGCCGCCUGGUGGCCGUCUACGGCAACUACGAGGGCCGCCAGAAGCUGACCGGCUGUCAGGCGGCUCUGGCCGUCAUGCUGCGGAUGCUGGGUGUCCAGGACGCGCUGGAGCGGGUCACCGACGGCCGCGGGGUCAGCGUGCCCGACGUGCCCUCACUGAACGCGUUCGAGCUGCUGGCCAACCUGCUGCUGCGAGAGGACGCGGCGGCGCUGGGCCGCGCGCGCGCCGUCCUAGAGUUCCUGCUCUGGGGGCCCGCCGACCUGGAGCUGACUGAGGGAGAGGACGCCCUGCAGCGCUGGCUCGACCUCGAGCGGGCCACCGUGCUCAACAACCUGAUCCGCACGCAGAAACUGUGGAGCGUCGAGCUCUCGGUGCUCGAGGAGUUCCGACUCAUGUUUCUGGUCAACACGGACGCUGCCACUCUCCGGGACGCCUCUGAGCUGCUCGAUAUCUGAGCGGCGACUCUGAGUGACUCAGCCGUGACUCUGCCGUGACUCAGCUGCGACUCAGAGACGACUGAGUUCAGUCCAUGACUCCGUGUUAUUCUUUGUACUGCGCCAGAUGUGUGACAGAGCUCCUAACGCGACUCGUGCCCUUAUAGUUCUGCCCUGGUAUGUAUGUGUUUCGUGUUGUGCUCCUGGGACCGUAACAGCAAUUCUGACAAACUGGGAGGGGAGGGGGUGCUCCAGGCAGCUGUGCUGGUUGUGACGUAGAUGCCUACCGAAGGAUCGGCUGGACUGGCGCGGUGUGUUUCGACCGCUACAGGCCGAUCAUGUGAUAUUGGAACUGGAGAGUUGUGUUUAGGAGUCUGCAUCUCUGCAACGGAGGUGUCUCACCAGCCCCGCUGUUGCCGCUCUCCUGGCGAGGAGUGGCGUCGCCCUCCCGACCGUACGGUGGGACGGCUUUCGUGAAGCUUGUGCUGCCUACGCGGGCGUCCUGCGCUGAAACUGUAUUAUAUCGCCGUGGUGAUUUUAACAGCCACUUAUAUUUUUACUAAUCGUGAAAUGCAUUUCGUAGAUUGUG